AUGACAGUGGGAGGUCUAGCCUCAAGUACUGAAGGUUUCUAUGAUUUGAUUGCCGGAAGUCAACCUGGAGGAACCAUUAAAGCAGGAUUAGAGGUUAUUGGACAGAUAUUCGGGGAGGACGUGAACAAGGAAAUUACCAAGAUAUUGUUGAAUACUGGUGGGCGGGUGAUCUCGGGAGCAGUUACCUCCGUCUUUGGCGGAGUAACAUUACUCUGGGAUGUUUAUCAGCUUAGGGGCGGAGUCAAGGAGUUAGCUUCAGGAGGAGGAGAAGGUGCAGCCCAACUCAGGAAUAUUGCAGAUCAGCUUGAGGAGGCCCUUACUGGGAUGCAGGACAGAGAAGAAAAUCCCAACCACAACUCCAGUAUACAGGACGGAGAAGAGAAUUCCAACUCCAGUAUCCAGGACAGAGAAGAGAAUGCAUAUUCGAUUUCCUUAAAUAAUGAAGAUGUGAUAGUUCUAGAUCGAGAUACAAUUCUAGAUCAGGUUCUGGAUCGAGAUACAGAUUCAAAUCAGGAUAGGGCUCUAGAUCAAGAUGCAAUUAAAGAUAUAGUAACAGUUUUAAAUCAUAAUCAUUCUUAGAUCAAGAUGCAAUCCUAGAUUAGUUCUAUAUCAUGAUAAAGUUCUUUAUCUUGAUAAAGUUCUAGAUAAUGAUAAAGGUCUAGAUCAUGAUAAAGUUCUAGAUCAUGAUAAAGUUCUGGAUCAUGAUAAAGUUCUAGAUCAUAAUAAAGUAAUAGAUCAAAAUAAAGUUCUAGAUCAUAAUAAAGUUCUAUAUCAUAAUAAAGUUUUAGAUUAUGA